AUGUCAGUAGAUCAGCUCAAAAUUAUUUUACAGCAAACGAAAUUUCAAGCACCACAAUUGAAAACGACUGAAAUGAUGGGACAAAAGUCAAUUCAAGAAAAUUCGAUACAGAUUUCCGAAUUAACAGGCUCAACUACCGAAUCACAGAUCAACUCAAUGAGUGAGUUUCACUUUGAUCCUGAAGCUAAUGUUACACUUGGAUUAUGGACCAAAAUGUAUGGCAACGUAUGCCAAAAAGUGUUAGUUGUGUUCAUAUAUUGUCAAAGUCUCACAACUAAUGCUUACUCUGACUCCACCUACAGCUUUUCUAGAGUUACUGCUAGUUCCAAACCCGGGUAA